GCUUUGUAAUUCGAUUUAUUUCGUAAUAAUCUUUCAAAAAUGUAUUGAAAUAUUACACUGCACACUUGCUGUUCAUGAUCAAAAUGUUCUGAAUUUACAGUAUAAUUAAAAGAUGUUUCGACUGAGGAAAUAAAUUGCUACUUCAUGUUUGUAAUUUUGCAGGCCAUUUUAGUUUUGGCGGCUAUUAGGAUAACACGGUAACAUGCAAGAUAUGUGAAGGAAUGAGCUAUGCAACUUAUACAUAUCAUAUUGUGUAAAUAUGUUGCAUAUGCAUUCUUGCAUACUAGACGGGUAUUUUCUGUAUUUUCACCGGUGCUGGAAAACAUCAUUUUACACCCCUGUGUGUAAGAUGACACUCGUGCUGUAAAUGACGUAUUACGAACUACAUAUAGUAAGAGAUUUAUGUUGUAAUUUAUAGUUUAUUUCAUAAAACGGAAUAAAAUCCAAUACCUUGAUAGUUCUUCUUUAUUCCUUAUAUUAUAUUUUUCGAUUAAAAAAACGUAAGUUUAGUUAAAAAUACAUAAAGUUACGCUGCAAGCGAUAAAACAAACCGGAACUAAACAUUGUUAUUUGACUUGAUUUAGGAAAUUGCCCUAGGGACUGUGGUACCUCAACGACGUCAGGCACUUGUUGUACGUGCAGACCUUACUGGAUGACAACUGAAUGUAUAGACGGAUGUUUAGAGGAGGAAAAACUGUAUUGUUAUAACUGUCUUCGAGAUUUAAGAAAGAAUAGGCUUUUAUAUCUAACCUGUACUGGAUGCCAUGAAUAUGUAAGUCAUACUACUGGUGAAUGUAAAUCUUGUCCUGAUGGAUGUGUUUCUUGUUUCAACGAUAGAUUUUGUUACGACUGUAUAAACGGCUUGUAUGGUAACAACUGUAAUAAAAAAUGUGGUCAUUGUGAAGCUGAAUUGUACGGCGAUGUGCACUGCAACAAAGUGUACGGAACAUGUAAUGGAUGUGCAGAUGGCUAUUACGGCCACCUUUGUGAUAAUGUAUGUGGACAUUGUUUACCGUACGACCUCAGUGUGGUAAAAUGUCACCAGUACACUGGAGAGUGUGGUAAGGGUUGUGCUGAUGGCUACUUUGGUCGUCGUUGUGACAAGAAAUGUGGAAAUUGCCUACCUGAUGAUAAGGGGGCAGUAACGUGUGACACUGACACAGGAAAUUGUCCGAACGUUUGCAUCGCAGGUUAUUUUGGUAAAACCUGUGAUCAAAAAUGUCACAGUAACUGUUUUGACCCAAACAUAAAUACAAGUGUAUGCAACAUAGCAGGAAAAUGCAUUUAUGGCUGUGUGUCAGAGUGGUAUGGUGACACGUGCAAUAAAACUUGCAGCAGCACCUGUUCUGCUAUAUCAUGCAGUCAAAAGUCGGGCUUCUGCGAAGCUGGAUGUAUUCCGGGUUGGUAUGGUGACACAUGCAAUAUAUCUUGCAGUAGCACCUGUCAUAAUAAGUCUUGUGAUCAAUAUUCAGGGCACUGUGACAACGGAUGUGCGUCUUCGUACUAUGGAGACACGUGCGAAUUCAGCUGCGUUGACACUUGUAAAGAACUGGUUUGCGACAGGGAAACGUCACAGUGUUUGCGAGGAUGUGUAACAGGAUAUGGAGGAGCAUUCUGUAAUAUGACAAUGAACAUCGGUCCUGAUUUUGCUUUAGUUGGCUUAACAAGCAGUCUGGCUGGAGUUAUAAUAUUACUUGUAUUGGCCUUAAUUAUUUGGUUUAUAAGAAGAGUACUCCUCAAAGGCAAGCGUUAUGGCAACCUUCGGACGUCUACAAGAGUCACCUUUGCGUCAAUAUAUGACGAGUUAUCAGAUAGAAACAAUAAAACAGAGGACCGCCGUGUUAGUGAGCGCCAUUCAUACAUGGAAAUUGUUGACGCCCAUCCAAGGAGUAUACAUGAAUCAGGAUCCAACGCAUGUAACUAUUGUGAUAACGAUUUUGCUGAUAAAACAGAGGAACACCGUGUUAGUGGGAGCCAUUCAUACAUGGAAAUUGUUGCCGCCCAUCAAAGGAGUAUACAUGAAUCAGGACCCAACACGCGCAACUGUUGUGAUGAUGAUUUUGCAGCUAAUUAUGCAUCAUCGCUUGCAACUGUAGAAAACAUUAAAGACACUCCGCUUGUUUUUGCGAACGCUCUUAACAUGUCUGCAUUGCACUCGGACGACAAUAAAGACAAUAAAAGCGAUAGCGAUGAAACUCAAAUAUCCAGUUUCAUUUCUUCUGAUGAUGCUGAGGUUAAUAGAAAAGGUUCAAACCGAUCAAGAAAAUAUUAUGAAAUACCUGACAUUGUACCUGGUGUAAAUCAUAAUGUUAAAAUUGAAAGCAACCUUACAAAUGAUGGCUAUGAAAUUCCUAUAUCCAGUGCAAGUACUAAUGAUCGGAAAGGCAAAGCUCCUAAAGCGGGCGAAGCAAAUCUAUCCAGACAAUGUAACAGAAUGACUGACUUAGCUACAAGCCAAACAAUAGAUUCAAAGAGAACACAGAACAAACAAUUGAUGUCUAUAAGAAAUAAGGAAAUAGAUGUUAAUGACAUCAAACAAACACCACAAAAGGCUAAAGACGAUAAAUGCAACACAAAUCAUUCUGGAUUUAAUAUGGAAAUGCAGUUUGAAACACAUCAACCACAGGAGGAGGUACUUGAUGGAGACAGUAACAGCUUAAAUUAUAUACAUCCUGUGAAUUAAAAUACUACAAUAUCAUUCAAAACAAGACUUGAUUUCCCUUUCGAAAUGAGAAAAAGAGAAAUAAGUUUCAGAAGUAUCUAGAUGCACCCUUGAAACAGGGUGAAUAAGGAAAACUUCAAUUGAAACCAAUUAAUUUGUUGAAUUAUUUCAUAUUGAUACAUGUAUCAUUUUUCAAAUUAUUCUAAUUUUUAGAUACGUGUUACCUGGCGUAAAAGAUGCCUGUCGUACAGUUUCUUACAGUUGGAAGCUACGCUUGACGAAGACUGAUGGGCAUUUCUAAAAAACCCACUUGGAGUGAGCUGUUUUUAGAUUUGUCUUCUUGCCGGUUUCGUCGGGCCCUUAAUGUUUUUUUCUUGAUGCUCUGCUUUUUGCACAGUAUUACGUUGCAUAUGUAUUUACACUUGCGUAUUUGUACAGAGUGCUAGGGUUUCGCUUGGCGGGGCAAACGAAUAUUUUCAAUGUCCUGUAACUUUGGAAUACGGUUAGGACUGAAAGGGGUGGAAUAAUAAAUCAGUUUAAACUUCCAAGGGGUAUUUUUGACACCGACCAAGCCAGUGCGGCGCUCCGGUGUGUGUUUGUAACUGACCAGUCCAAUGCGAUGCCUGUUUGUGUCACUGGUUGAGCCAAUGCGCUGCCGCACUGUUUGUGUGUUUGUCACUGACCGAGCCAAUGCGGUGUCCCACUGUGUGUUUGUCGCUGACCGAGCCAAUGCGGUACCGAACUGUGUGUUUGUCACUGACUGAGCCAAUGCGGUGCCCAGCUGUGUGUUUGUCACUGACCGAGCCAAUGCGGUGCCCAGCUGUGUUGUUUAAUGUGUUUGUUUUUGUCCACUAUAUCACUGUUUUACUUUGUUUAAGUAUUUCACUGUACAUAUAUAAUUUAUAUUCACAACAGCAAUAUUUGUACAGCAUGUCUUUUCGUGCUUGUAAUAUAUGUGUUGUUAUAAAUAGUUCUGUCAUCGGUGAGACGAAAUGAGGAUCAUGUCUACCGGUAACAUUUUGGGGGUUGUGGCGGUACCGAUCGGAUUUGUUGUUCCUAGGCGCUGUGACCGUGGCUAUGUACAGUCGAGUUCUAACCGACCCUGUCUUCUGAGGUUUUAAAACAUUAUGUAGGUUCAUGCCAGUAUCUAAUAUUUCGUUUUGUUAAGGGGCUCAAGAUAUGUAAUGAAGUUUACUUCGAAUUGAGUUGGGUUUAUAGUCACACCGACAAAUUAGUUCACACCGCGACUGUCCAACUUUUGAAGGUGGAGAAAGACCACAGGUGCCCUUCUAAGUAAUAUUUCAGGAACGGACAAACACGUGAUGGAACCACCAGAUUUUAAGUAAGCUAGGUGGAUAGCUUUCGCUUACAUAAUAUUAUUCUAUACCUCUAGCGAGAUUUCGAACCCACGGCUGCUGGAGAUUAUCAAUUUAAUCAUCUGCAUAUCAAUUUAAGCAGAUAUUGUUCAUGUUCGGCACCAUUUUGUAUGGUUAUAACUUCAGCUUGCAAACAAACAUCAAACAUGAUAUAUAACCAAUUGUUUUUCUUUAAACAGUUAUUUUCCAUUCUAAAAUGGUUCGAUUUUUGCUUUGUACAUUUUACGAUAAAUCACUGUUGGCGCGCGGACCGGUAAGAAAACAUUAUGGCAUCCAUCAAAUAGCAGCAUGAGGUCCGGUUCAUUAUUUUGUGAGGGAUGAAGUUUGUAAUUUGCAACUCGCAAAAAUCUGCUUCGUUUGCUUUACCUUUAUAUCAAAAACAAGCGCAAGAUUUGAGGAGAUACCUGUCCACAUGAUUUAUUGAAAAAGAAGUUCAUUUCAACCGAGGUGCCAGAUUGAUGAAAUUAGUUCUCUUGUAAAUAAUAUGUAAUUUCUAGUUUUAAUUAAUAAAGAACAAUAACAUUUAAAGAAAUAAGAAAAUUAAUAUGUUAUUGCUAAUACGGAGUAUUUAUUUUAAGCGUUUAGAUGUCCCUUUGAAGUUCUAUUGAUUAUAAAAUACCUUGUCGUCUUUAUAUCAUCAUAUUACUUAUUUGCUAAAAAUUAUAUAAAAGUGUUCAAAAGGAGGUGGGUACAUGUAUUUUGAAUGUCAUGCAAAGUUUUGACAUCUAUGUAUAAGCACAGUGUAAUAUAUACAUUCAUUGUUGUACUUGGACCACUUUUAGUUACAUCUAUCUGACUAAUGUUGUAUAUAUGCUAUAUCAUAUAUGUUCUUUAAUAUUUUCUGUUUAUAUAAUUGAGUAAUAUUCCGGGUGGUCAGUUUCCAGGCUUAUAAGAUUGAUUAUGUAACUGAUUCUUCCUUUGGCUUCUUUUGAUUUCUAAUUUGAUUGACAUGUAGCAGUUAUCAUCUUGUUAAUAUUUCCUGUUUCUAGGAACUAGUCCUUUGAAGCUUAAUUAUACUCUUUCUUUGUGUUCCUCUCAGUUAGAAAAAAAUAUUUUGGCCGAUUAACAUCUUAAACUAUUAUCUAAGGAAUAUAUAGAAAUAAAGAUAUAAAAUAUAAUCGUGUUAUUUAAUACAGUUAAACGAGACUCUAACACGAGUCUGUAGAACUAUAUCUGUAAUCUUUAUUUUAAGUAGUGUUUGACAGUUUUAAAACGAUAAUUGUUCUGUAAAAUGUGUCAAAUACUAUUUUAGACGUUUGAAUCCUGUCUAAAGGUUGGAAAUCAGUUUUGAAACAAUGCAUCUCUUUAGUACGUAUUGUGAAAAUACAAUCAAUUUUCAACUUCUUUAGUAAAUCAUCAUUAGUAUAUAAGGAAAUUAAAUAAAUAAUUCACUUUAGAAUUUUUAAAAAAUAGAAUCGCUUAUUGAUAUAUAUGGCAGUACAGUCAUUUGCUAUUGUAUGAAUAUGUUUA